GUUUAAUCGAGCUCUACCUUUGAAGUAAGGAAGAACCCUCAAAACUUUGAGCGGCGCCCCUUUUGUAUGCUAAUCGGUCCUUCUCUUUUCUAUCUCGAAUAUCUUUCUGUUGAGUGAUAAUGGCGAAAGGAUCAAAGGGUCAGAGCAGUAACAAGAAAACCCCUCAGAAAUCACUAUCUACUUUUUCAGACUCCGACAUGGACGACGAAAUUGAUGUUUUUCAUAAGCAGAGGGAUAUAGUUCCAUUAGACCUAGACGAUGAUAUUGCGGAAUCUGACGAAGAUAAUGACCAACAUGUCUUUGAAAUCGAGGAUGGAAGUGAUGAUGAUGAUGAUGAUGAUGAUGAUGAUGAUGAAGAUGAAGAUGAAGAUGAAGAUGACACAUUAGCUGCAAAAAUUGCAAAACAACAAAAAAGUUUAAAGGCAAAGAUUGGAGGCGCCAAGGAUGAAACACAGGAUGAUGAUGAAGAAGAAGAUAAAGAGAAAAAAAGUGUAGCUUGGGGAAGGGGCAAAAACAUAUAUUAUGACAAUGAUAAGGGAGAAUCAAGUGAAGAUGAAGAAGAGGCAGAAGUUGUGAGGCUACAAAACGAAAAAACAAAGUUAUACUCAAAUGCAGACCAUGGUCUUGAUGAUGAUGAUGAUGAUGAAGAAGAACCUACGUUUGAGGAAAAAUUGAAAAAGGGAAAAGUUUCAUCAAAAUCGAAAGUGGACAAUGAAGAUGAUACUGAUACUGGUGUUGAAAUAGUUAUGAAGGAUCCAAGUGCUUUGUCAAAAGAAGAACAAAUGGACAUUGUAUACAACUCAGCUCCAGAAUUAGUUGGUUUGUUAUCAGAGCUAAAUCAAGCUGUUGACCAGCUUGAGACCAAAGUUGACCCAAUUUUAAACAAGCUUAAAGAAGAGAAGAAUUUAAAUAAACCUGGAAUACAAUAUAUGGAGUUGAAAAAGCAACUUCUACUUUCAUAUUGUCAAGCAAUCACCUUUCAUCUUCUUCUUAAAUCUGAAGGGCAUUCAGUUCUUGAUCACCCUGUUCUUGCUCGCCUUGUGGAGAUUAAGAACUUGUUAGACAAGAUGAAACCACUUGAUGAAAAUCUAUCAUUUGAGGUUGAAGAUUAUCUCAAAAAACAUGUUUCCACAACAACAAUAAAUGAGAUUGAGAUUUCACCUACUAUCAACACUCACAAGCCCACAAUUGAACUUUUAGAAACACAAGAAGAACCUCAUGUGGAAACCAAAAUUGUUAAUGGAGGAAAACGUAAGCGUGAGAAUGAUGAGAAAGAGAAUGAGAAACGUGGCUUACAAAGUGUUGAAAUGUUAAAAGUCAGAACUGCCCUUGAGGAGAAACUAAAGCAAAAAGGUGUAUUUAAUAUAAAAGCACCAAAAACAGAUGGGAUUAAAAAGAAUGCAAAACCAUUAAACGGAAAGUUAGAGGCUUUUGAUGAUUUUGAUGAUGAGACGUUUAAUAUUGAUGGAAGCCAAAAUAAGUCUAGACUUUCACAACUUGUUACUCAGAUAAAGAAGCCAAGGGUUAUAUCUGGAGAUGAUGAUUUACCAAAGAGAGAUGACAUUGGAGAAAGGCGAAGAAAGCAUGAAACACGGGUUCUUGCGAGUGCUGGAAUCCAUUCUGAUGAUGAUAUGCAAAAUGACGAAACUACCCUUGAGGCUAAUGGAGUUGAUGAUGACUCAAAUGAAGAUGGUGAGACAGAAUCAGAGACUGAUCUUUAUAAAGAAACCAAAAUAAAACGUGAUGCCAAACUCGCUGCUAAAGCACAAAAGUAUUCUAGAACUGCUCCUGUGGUUGCAAUGCCAGAAACUUUGGUUGAUGGGAAACGUCACAUCAAUUAUGCGAUGGAGAAGAACAGAGGGUUGACUCGCAAACGCAACAAAGAUUUAAAAAAUCCAAGAAAGAAAUACAAGUUGAAACACAAGAAGAAAGAAGUUGCUAGGAAAGGGCAAGUACGUGCACACAGGACCCCAACAGGUCCAUAUGGUGGUGAAGGGUCUGGUAUUAAUAAUACUCUCAGCCGAAGUAUUAGGUUCAAGAGUUGACCAUUUUUUUUUUUUUUAAUACUUCUACUUUUAAGGUGAUGUGAUGAAAAUGAAAUUACCACAAAUUUUGUUGUUAGAUGUAUUUUUAAAUUGUUAAAUUGUUAGAUUGAAAUCAUGA